AUGAUCGCUGUAAUUUUUCUAACUGCCGUGUUUAUUUUCUUAGUUUUCCACCUACUUCGAAGAACCGGCCGCCUUCCACCUGGGCCCACGCCGCUUCCUUUGAUUGGAAAUAUCCAUCAGCUGGCGUAUCAAGUAUGGAGGAGAAAAGGAAUCGUUGCUGCUUUGAAUUAUUAUAGAAAAAAAUACGGAAAUGUCUAUACCAUCUGGUUGGGUCCAAUGCCGACAGUAAGCAUUACUAACUAUGAACUGGCUCACGACGUGUUCAUAAAAAACGGAAAGAAGUGCUAUGACAGACAAUUGGCGCCUAUUCUUGAGCACAUAACAGAUGGCCUCGGUCUUCUCGCCGCAAAUGGAGAAAAUUGGGCUGAAAUGAGGAGAUUCACGUUAUUGGCUUUUCGAAGAAUGGGAGUUGGGAGUGGUCUGAUUGAGAAGAGAAUUAUGAAUGAGCUCAAUGGAAGAUGUUCGGAGCUGGAUGCUGAAAUCGCAAAAAAUGGAAAAGUGAUAGUGCCCGUCGACUUUUUUGAUCUAACUGUUGGAAGUGUUAUCAACAGUGUUUUGGUUGGAAAACGAUUUGAUGAAAACACGAAAGACGAGUUUUUGACUAUAAAGAAGUUGUUCGAUGCAUCAACCGAAACGUUCAAUUUGUUUGACUUGAAUGUCCCAGUCUGGUUCUUGAAAUGGUUUUUCCCUUCAAGAUUUCAGUUGACCUGGGAUGCAAGGCAUAACAUUCUCAACCAUGUUUCGAAAGAAGCCUUCGAGAGAUUGAAACAACUGGAUUCUGGGAAACAUGAUAUAGAUUCAAAAGAGCCAAAUGAUUUAGUUGAUUGUUUCCUGCUCAAAAUGAGAGAAGAAAGAGAAAAAGGACCUGAUGGACACACCGGCUAUACUAUGGAAGCAUUGAAAUUUGUCUUGCAUGACUUAUGGCUCGCCGGGCAAGGUACAACUGCUACAACUCUUUACGUCGGCUUCAUGAAACUUGUGAAUCAUCCGGAUGUGAUGCUGCGGAUUCGCGAAGAACUCAUCAGAAUCACUCAGAACUCUCGAGACCUCACUCUCCAAGAUCGUCCGAAAACACCUUUUUUGAAUGCAACGAUUGCCGAAAUUCAACGAUUCACUUCUGUAUUGAAUGUGAACUUUUGGAGGAUUAAUCAUGAGACUAUCAAAUUCAAAGGAUACGAGAUAGAAUCGGGAUGUAUGUUGACUGCUCAAGUUGGAGCACUUCAUGUCAAUGAGGAGCUCUUCGAAAAUCCAGAGAAAUUUGACCCCGAAAGAUUCAUGAGAAAUGAGAAACUGCUCCAGCAAACCAUUCCGUUCGGAAUAGGAAAAAGAUCGUGUGUCGGAGAGCAACUUGCAAGAUCAGAGCUGUAUUUGGUUUUCGGCAACUUGCUACUUCGUUAUGAUGUGAAAGCUCAUGGUGCAACUCCAACAAAUGAAGACGUGUUUCCAUACAGCUCUGCGAAGUUACCGGAUACAACAGGGAAAUUUGAAUUCGCUAAAUUAUAA